AGCGCUUGAAACUCGUUGAACAUAACGUGGGUCCUCCCUUCCCAGCAGUCGGCCGGCGACAGUCCGGGCAGCGCCGUGCGGACGGUCAGCCCUGCCCCAUCGCGGUGACCCGGCGCCUUAGUUCCCGUCCCGUCGCCCUUGGCGGGGAAGAAUGGACGUCUGGGGGGAAAGAGCAGGAGCAGUAGCGGCGAGUCUAGCAGGUUACGGAGAAUCAAGCCUGUGAAGACGUUGGCCACAUCUCCAAACAUGUUCCUACGCAAGAGACAUCCGACAGCUGUCAACAUCUGGCAGAGUUUUCACGGUGUCGUUGAGCCAGCCUCGUUAAGAUGGACAGGAAGAGACGCACCAGGACAUGACAAGCGGACACAAUUAUUUAUUAGAAAGCUGGGCACGUCUGCCAAAGCCCUCCAGUACGAGUUAAAUUCAGAAGCGCCCAAGUCUGGAAGCCGGAAGCUGUUUUUUGACACGCACGCAGUGGUGAGACUCCUGGAGGAAAACGGUUUCAGCACGGUGCAGGCCGAGGUGAUUGUGGAGGUGCUGGUGAAGACAACCAACUCAAACAUGGAGGCCGUCUAUAACGACAUGGUAACCAAAGUGCAGCAGGAGAUCAUGUUGCAGCGGGUGAUGUCUCAGAUAGCAGCUGUCAAGAAAGACAUGAUCAUCCUGGAGAAGAGCGAAUUUUCUGCUUUACUGGCAGAGAAUGAGAAAGUGAAGAUACAACUGCUGCAGCUAAAGGUGCAACUGGCUGAUGUCAUGAAUAAAGUGCGCUCGGACACAAUUUUGGACAUGAAUCUUGAGAAAAGCCGUGUGAAAGAGCUGAAAGCAGAGCAUGAGAAGAAGCUUCUGGAGACGCGAACUGAAAUCAUGGAAAUGAAUGCAGAGCAAGAUCGCCAUUUGACUCAGACCAACAUGAAAAUUGACACCGAGGUGGCUGGUCUGAAAACGAUGCUGGAGUCGCACAAACUGGACACUAUCAAAUACCUAGCAGGUUCAGUGUUCACCUGUCUUACUGUGGUCUUGGGUUUCUAUCGCAUUUGGAUGUGAUGAAAACUAGAGAAAAAAAUUACACUUGUUCAUCCGAUUGUCUCAUCGGUUCCUAAAAUAUCCAGUCUCCUGAGACUAUAUCGCUGCAGCACUCGGACUGAAAUCGGUUAUCUCCCAUUCACAGUUUAUUUCUGUUGUGAUUGGGAUGGAUCGGAGUACAACUCUAACUACUAUAAAGGUUAGGUCAGACCUGUUAGUAAAGCCAUCCUGGUAUGAUCAGAGGACUGAGAACUGCUUUGACAUGACAAGUAUAACCCUGGCCAGAGAAGUGGACCAACGGUAAGCCUGUGUUGCUGAAGGAACAUGUGGGCAAAAUGGAAAUGAGACCAAGAGUGAAACCAGAGCUCUGCACUCUCCUCUGGAGGUUCUGUCCAUGGGACAAUUGUUUUCAAGGCAGUUAAAUCCCAUGUCAUGUCUGUCAUCUAAAAGCAAAGUUGAGCAUAUAUUUAAAAGAUAAAAUUAAAUUUGAAUCAGUUCAUAUCUAUAUAUAUUGAUUUUAAAAAGGAAAUGAUCAGAUUUAUGAUAGUUUUUAAGCGUACACAGUGCGUUCUCUUGCAGAGUAGAAGAGAUACAGGAGGGAAGAUUCUGACUGGAUUCUAUUUUAUGUCGGGUUAAUGGGACUCCAGCGGGGGUCCAAACUUCACUCUAAGCACAAGACAGUUGCCUUUCCUCUGUGUGGCUUAUUUGAGAGAUGUAAUAAUUUUAACGGGAUUUUCCAAUACGUGUGCUUUACGUGUGUAAUUUACAUGAAAUGUCAAUAAAUAUUUAUUUUCUA